AUGUUGUUUGACUCAUCAGGAAAUGAAUAUGGGGUUGAUGAUUCCUAUGACGACUCCGACUCCGACAAUGGCUGUUAUAGUUCAACAUAUCGGUCAGACAUGGAGGACACCGUUAAUGUGCCAGAAAAGAAAGAACCAGAAAUCCGUGCAGCGAUGUCUAGUGACAAGGGUGUGGUCAGUUCUCUCUUUCAGCAGGCGGCUAAUGUGAUUGGAGCUAGAUUGCCUUUUGAGGCAGUAGAACUGUGGGCUCAACGACUAGGCAAGAAAAUGGCUGACGAGGUUCAGCUGGCUAUCAUGAAGGCGUCGUUUCCUGUUGACAAGGGUCUCAUUAGACGUUGCGCCUACCUAUCCCGGAUAACUUUUGGAAACAACGAAUUUUCCUAUUUGUUCCAGCAACCAACAGGACACACAGGGAAUCAUGAGUUUGCUGUGGAAGAUGCAAUUCAGAUUGGAUUUUGUUUGACUGGAAAAAUUCAAGCGCGCACUUAUAGGUACACGUACAAAGAAGAUAGAAAGACAGUUGCUACUGUAUUUUUCGACCGCCAACGUGUUACUUCGAUGUUGUGCUCAGAACACUCUGACUCCAAUUGGUGUGAGCACGUUGUGGCGCUUAUAUUUCUCCGUAUGAAUAAUCCAGAAAAGGUCAAGUAUCGCCUACCAGUGUCUGAUUCCAAACUCUAG